UAAAGUCUGAGAGCCUUGGCCUAAAAACUUGAUUUCUAUGGCAGCAUGAUUUUAUAUUUGUAUAUAACAUUUCUCUAUUGUUCUCUAUCUGCGUACGGAAUAGAAGAUUUGACAUACUAUGAAUUUUUGAAGAAAUCUGACAUAAAUCGAAGAGUUCGUCGAAGUGUGGAUCCACGGCCACAAGCAGCCAUCCAUGAAGUGUGGUUUAAAAGUUUUGGAAGAAAAUUUCACCUGCUUUUGAAGUCAUCUGUUCCAAUAUCCAGUGAUUUUAAAGCCUCUAUGAUCCACAAGGAUGGUAGUACCUCAGAGUUUUCUGUUAAUACGGACAUCUUUUUCGAGGGAACGUCUAAAUCAGACCCUGGUUCUACUGUUCACCUACAAUGGGAAAACGAUCUUGCGAUCAUCAGUGUCAACACAAAAGAGGAGAAAUACUUCUUUGAACCAUUGUGGAGGCAUGCAUCUGGACCAUCCAAUGACUCUAUGAUAGCGUACAGACAAUCAGAUAUGAAAUGGAAGCCAGAGGAUUCUACCAUGGGAGUCAGGGAAUCCCUGUGUAAUGCGACAAGGGGGACAACUCUUACUAGAGCUGAAAAUAUGGAAGAUGGUUUACGACUUUUUCCCUUGUACGAAGACACAGCAAGUCCUUUGAGAAGAAAGCGUCAGACUAUGUCCUAUGUGGGGACUCACACAGUUUGUCGGUUAAUAGUCGUGGCAGAUUACUACUUCUACAUAAAUCUAGGUCAAAGGAACAGGAGAACAACAGGAGAAUACAUUAUUGGAAUCAUUGGAAGAGUCAAUGCCAUCUACAAGGAUACGGUGUGGCCAGAUUUCAACUCCAACAUCAGGAAUCUGGGAUUUGAAAUUGCGGAGCUGGUUGUCCAUGACUCCUACACAAUUGUUCCCCCUAAUGUUUUACACUACAACAUGGAGAAUCGACCCCAGGACAUGGGAUUGGUGCUAGAUAUGUUUGGUUGGGAGGACAAGAAGCAUUCUUCCUACUGCUUAGCUCAUCUGUUUACCUAUCAGUCAUUCCCGGGGAAGCUGGGGCUAGCCUACAUCGCAUCCCGAAGGGUCAAUGACCUGGGAGGAAUGUGUUCACCAGUGGCUUGGAAGGACAAUAGGAGAAUGGCUGCCAACACUGGCCUGAGUACGUACAGAAACCCUGACGGAAGUCAAGCUCUCGUUCAUCAGGCAACCAUCACCACAGCACAUGAGUUGGGUCAUAACUGGGGGAGUGAACAUGACCCGGAUACUGACUCAUGUGCCCCAUCCUCCUCAUCGGGGGGACGGUUCAUCAUGUAUCCCUCUGCAGUCUCAGGGUACGAGAAAAAUAAUCAGUUCUUUUCCCCCUGCAGCAGACAGUAUAUAUUCAAUGUCAUCAAGACAAAAGGCUACAACUGUUUUAAAGAGGCAUCAGCAACAGGUCAAGGGUUAUGUGGAAAUGGACGAGUCGACAAAAACGAGGACUGUGAUGCGGGUUACACAGGGGACAAGUGCUGUAAUGACAAGUGUCAGUUUAGGCUCAAGACAAUGAAAUGCAGUCCUAUGAACUUUGCUUGCUGCGUUAACUGCACAGUGGCCCCGAGUGGAUACACAUGUCUGGAUCACGUAGAUGAUAACUUUGACUGUAAAGGGAAGUCAUACUGCAAUGGUGUAGAUCUGACAUGUCCAGAGGCCUUCCCUAAGACAGAUGAUACAAAAUGUCGUAAUGGAUUUGGAAAAUGCAGGAAUGGGAAAUGUUUAGAUGCUUGUUUGCAAGUUAACAGGAAUCCAUGCCUGUGUAAAGGAAAUGAUGCCUGUAAAACAUGCUGCUACAAGCCCAACACUGAGAUUUGUGAACCAUUAUCAGAUCAAUUUCUGGAGGAUGGGAGGCCAUGUUAUGAUGGCUUCUGUAAACAGGGAAAAUGUAAAAAGUCUCAGUCCAAACUUGUGCAGAGGUUAUUUUCAAUUAUUGAGUCUUUCAGUAUAGACAAAAUAGCUUUGUUUAUGAAGAACAACAUCGUGUGGACUGUCCUGGUCCUGGCUAUUCCUGUGUGGAUUUUAGGCAUUUACAUCAUAGACAAAGUCGACAAGAGAGAUGAAUUGAAGGACCAGGCAGCCCGAAAUCCUAAGCGAAAUGAGGAAUCAAGAAUGAAAGUAUUAUUAACAGAAGAGGAGGAAAAUAUACUACGUACAAGAAAACCAGUAAAUCCAGUGGUCUAGGUCAUACUGAUCAGUGCAAUUUUUAAAAAUCAGUCUCCUUUCUUCCCAUUGGUUGAUCCUGUUGACUUAUUCCCAUUGGUUGAUUUGUCUUCCCAUUCAAUGUCUGUGAUUGGAUGUAACCAGCAAGAUUUUACAUGACUUUAAAGUGCCCUAAUUUUCAACAUUAUCUGUUUCCUAUGCACUAUUGUUUAGAUGUUUAAGUUGUACAUACCAGGGGUAUAUGUGUGUUGAAGGGUGAACAUUUUAUUUUAUCUCUAACAACUGCUGUUUACUUAUAGGCUCAAAUUCCAAGGGAUGAUUUUAUUCAAUGAUCUACAAAUAAAAAAAAAAAAAUAAAAUGUACUAUCUGUAAUGGAUGUAAACUGUAUGUACAUGUAAAUACUCUACAGUACAUAUAUAUCGGUCAAAUCAUUCUAAGAAACAUCCAUCAGUGAAGACUCUUAGACUGUAUUCCUAGUACAUGUGUACUUGAUUUUUAAGAUUUCAUUGGAUGUACAGUUUAACAAAUAUGUAAUGAUUCUGUGUACUCAUUGCUGAACGAGAAUUACCAAAAGAAGCCUGUAUUUUUUUUAAUUGAAGUACUGCAUAAUCAGCGACAGGUCAGAAGUUUUGUUUUGUAUGAAUGAAUAUGAGAGAGAGAGAGAGAGAGAGAAAGGUUUACUGUUUUCAAACUUUCUUUUCUAUUGCUCAUUAAGUGAAUAUUUUGCAUUGCUCAAGUGUAAGUGCUAAAAUCUUUAAAUCUCUCAUACUCAUCAAGAUUGAAUAGGGUGCUCAGGUUAUUUUAUUACUUGUAGGUUUAUAUAGAAAUUUUUUUUACAUGUUAUAUUUUGUAGGUAGAUCUAGAUGAUUAGUAUAGAUAUCACAUUUAUUGAAAAUUUAGGUACAGUUGAACUUUGGUAUCUCGAACACUGAUAUGUCGAAUACCAUGGAUAUGUAAAAGUGAUUUGGAAGUCUUCUUUAAGUAUUUUACCCUUGAUAUCUGGAAUCCUUGGAUAUCUCAAAGUUUUUUCUCGGUCCCAUUGAGUUCGAGAUAACAAGGUUUGACUGUUGAACUGUAUAGUGUUAUAUAAUAUACAUGUAUGUGCACAUCAUGUAUGUGCAUAUCAUCUCAAGCCACAGUCCGCUGUCCGCAUAUAUAGCUCUCUCCUACCCGUGGCUGCUUGAUCACAAAAAGUGUCGUAAUCUUGAAUAUUUAUCCCUCUGUAUUGUGACGUCAUGUUCAGCCAAUGACAAUAUUUGUUUCCAUCACAGUUGAGAUCAACAAUUGACAUCAACAGUAUAUACAAGAAAUGUUUCGUAUACUGCGAUUGGGUAUUGCAAGGUCACAUCAAAGUUCAUUAUCCAACUAUGCUUUACUUGCAUUGGUCAAUAUUUUAAUGAGCUACGAAAUAUUUUCUUCUCAUUCAACCAUGGGCAGAAUGGGAGAGGAUCGUACAAUUUGGCAUUGGUUUGCGACGAUGGUAUAUGCAUGCAGUCAACAUUUCACCAGCAUCUUUUGCUAUGAAGUUUUUAAACUAUUUUAACUUAUCCAAAUGAAAUAAGAUUGUUUGAUUAAAGCUCCUCUCAUUUCAUGCAACAUCUACAUAAUGUAAAGAAUGUAUUAAGUCCAUUGACUCCUAUAAAUUGGCUGAGUGGUCUGGUAUUUACUAUUAUUUUAACCAUAUUCUUAUUCUUACUCUAUGAUGAAACAAGAAUAUCAAGUCAUCAUUUUGCAAGUUCUAUGGUUGAUACAUUAAGUCGAAUGCUGACUGACAUUUUUCAUACUACUUGUUAGACAUUAUUUACACACUGAAUUGUCUACAGAUUUUUCCGUUUGCUCGAUCAUGACAAUGAGCACAUGGUGGGUGUGACUGGUUGACAGGAUGUUUAUUCCUCCAUGGCACCUGAUCCCACCUCUGAUGUUUUUUAGAGGUCUGUGUUUGCUCUGCUACCAGUUUGUAUUGUUUCAAUGAACCUUUGACCUUGAUUACUGUUCAUUAACUCCAUAUUUCAUAGUUAGGGUCAGAAUUAAAGAUGUUGACACCCUCUAUCCCCUUUUUUAGCCCAAAAUCAAAGUGGCUGAAAACUUUAAUUUUCAGUAAAAAUAACAAAAGCUUAUAUACAAUGUAUAACAUUAGAAAUAGUUAGAUUUUUUAUGCCAUUAUUUUUUGAUUUAGUGAUUGUACUGUUUGUAUUUUACUAUGUUAUAGAUAUUUAGGUGUAUAUACAUUUUG